CGCGGGGAAACUCCUCCUAUUCCUACGUCCAUGUAAUCAAUGUGGUCUGGCCCUUUAAGACUCGGCAGUGGGUCAGUAAGUGGUGUAGUGUUUCUCUAAUUGAUCGCUACCCAAUCAACAAUAACUCGUUAGCAGUUGCGUGCUAUUAUUGUUCCCUGAGACCAGUUUUCCCUUGGAGAAAAUCCGCUCCUGCACAGUGUCGUUACCUCCUAAAGACAGAGAUGCAGCUCAGAACAGCCUCGUUUCCUUUCGUGAAAGAAUACAUUUGUACAGUCUGAAGCCGCCGCCCACGUUGUGAAGCAUGACUACUUUGGAGAAGCGUAUGUGUAAAGAGAAGUUUUAAGCUUCGGUGCAAGGAGCAACGAGAAGGACAACACAACGCAUAACAGCCACAAGACUUCCCGAAAAGUGAUUUUAAUGGAAAAAGGAAUCUACCAAUAGUAGAAUUUAUUUUUUGUGGAACUGCAAUGACCUCCACCCGAAACAUGAAGAUAUGCUCAGUGUUGCAACCUAACGAGGAAAGGAGAAGAGAGGCUUUGGAUCAACUUCCUCCGCCGGCCAAUUCCAACAAACCGCUCACCCCUUUCAGUAUUGAGGAUAUUUUAAACAAGCCUUCGAUAAAGAAAUCCGCAGCUGCCCUUUGUCCCCCGCGGGUUCUGGAGAAAGUGACCGUCUCCAGCACUGCAAGAAAUUGUAUUACCUCUCCGUCCUCACCGCUCUGCGCUUUGGAGGAACUAGCCAGCAAAACUUUUAAAGGCCUGGAGGUCAGCGUAAUCCAAGCGGCAGAAGGUCGUGAGUAUGUGAAUGGGUUUGGCCAGAGACAUGCCUCGAAAAAGAGAAGAAAGUCCCGCACAGCAUUCACUAACCAUCAAAUCUACGAACUUGAGAAGCGCUUUUUAUACCAAAAGUACUUGUCCCCAGCAGACAGAGACCAGAUAGCGCAGCAGUUGGGUCUCACAAAUGCCCAGGUCAUAACGUGGUUCCAGAACAGACGGGCCAAGCUCAAAAGAGACUUGGAAGAGAUGAAAGCGGACGUCGAAUCGCUCAAGAAAAUUCCCCCACAGGCUCUCCAGAAUCUGGUUACCAUGGAAGACCUUGAGGACACGAAAGGAAACUCAGAGGCCAUGUCUCCCAGUAUUUCUCCGUCUUCACAAGGAGGUGUCUUCUCUCAGUCCCCGUCUUCGUCCAGAGACCAAACAACGGACGAGUUUUCUGAAGAAGACGAAGAAAUCGAAGUGGACGUUUGAAAAAAAAAAGGACAAACACGUUUUAAACUAUGACUUGUUGUCUGUUUCAAAAACUGCACGGACAUGGCUUCUUUUGGUAACUUAAUAUAAAGCAAGGAUUCUUUGAAUUUGUAUUUAUUUAAUGGAUUGCAAAUAAAGCAACCUUGUUUCCUAUUAAAGCCGGAAA